CUGAACGGGCGACCUUCUUGGUGGAGGCUGUCUGCGACUCAGCGUUGAGCCCCUCCCUGCGUGUCGAGCAAUCGGACGUGGGGCUGGUUGCGCCCGCGACUGUUCAUCACGCAUCCUUCUCCUCAAACUCUAAAAUUCCUUGGUGAACACAUAACAGAUCCACUUCAAGUUGAUCAUUGCCUGCGUUCAACCCCGGGUUCACGAUCACCGUCGCACGAGUUUGGAAUAAGCCGGAAUGAAGCGCAAGGCUGAUGACCUUGGGCCACCACCAGGUGGUCGAGGAGGAGGACGCGGCCGUGGGCCCCCUCCGCGUUUUGGACCUGGCCCUGGCCCCUUCGGCGGCCCGCAUGGCCCGCCUGGUCCUCGGGGUGGCCCGGGCGGUCCGCCACCAGGCCCGAUGCUGCCCCUGCCGGGCGGCCCCCCGCCUCCCCUGGAGCCCCUGCCUGAGGAGCCGCUAGUACUGCAGGAGAUUCUGCUUGCCAAGCGCCUGGCUGGCGUCCUAAUUGGCACGGGCGGUAGCAACGUUUCGAGGGUGCGCCGCGAGUCGCGGUGCAAGGUGCACGUGUCGGAGGCGCGCGGGCCCGAACAGAUGCAGGCGGUGGAGCUGACCGGCACGGAGAAGCAGAUCGGCGCGGCGCUGGCCUCCAUCCGCCGCGUGCUGGCGGAGUUUGACGCCGAGGCCAAGUUUGACGUCAAGCCCACAGUGGAGACGUCGGUGGAAAUUUUCCCGGAAAUGGUGGGCAGCGUGCUGGGCAAGGCCGGAGCCACCAUCAAGGUCAUCCGCCAAAAGAGCGCCGCCACCGUGCGCGUGGAGGAGCUGAUCCCCGGCGAGCGCUUCCAGCUGGUGCACAUCAGCGGCACCGUGGAGCAGGUCAAGAUCGCGUACGCAGAGGUCAAGGGCAUCGUGGACCGCUUCGACCCGGCCAAGGUGCGCGGCGGCUUCCCGCCGCCCAUGCUGCCGCCGCCGGGGCCGCACCGCCCCAUGGGCCGUUACGGCCCGCCCAUGCUGGGGCCGCACGACGACCCCUACGGCCCGCCGCCCGGGCCCGACCCGCGCGACCGCGGCCCGCCCGGCCCGGGCCCCGACUGGUACGAUGACGGCUACGACUACGGGCCCCCGCCGGGUCCCGGCCCCGGCCCUGACGGCCCCGGCGGCUACGGCCCCAUGGGCCGCAUGGACGGCGGGCGCAUGGACUCGGGCAGGAUGGACGGCGGGCGCGGGCCGCCGCCACGUGGCGGCGGUGGCCCGUACGGCCCCAUGCGCGCCAGCCCGCCGCCGGACCGGUACGGUCCCGGCCCGGGCGGGCCGGGCCCCCGAGGCGACAUGGGGCCGGGUGGGUACGGCGGCGGCCCUGGACCGGACGGCUACCGCGGCGGCCCUGGACCGGACGGCUACCGCGGUGGGCCGGGGCCGGACGGGUAUCGUGGCGCCCCGGGACCGGACCCUCGCAUGGGCGGCCCCAGCUCGCAGCCUUACCAGCAGCAGCAGCCUUACCAGCAGCAGCAGCAGGGCCCGCCUCAGCAGCAACAACAGCAGCAGGGGCCCCCGCAGCAAUACGCGCCUAUGCAGCCGGCGCAGCAGCAGCAGCAGGCGAUGCCCGCGGCCUCGACCAUGCCUGCGGGCGGCGGCGGGCAGGUGGGCCCGGUGGUGCUGAUGCUGCAGCCGGACGGCACUUACAAGCCGGCGCAGGUGGUGCUGUACAACCCAGCCACCGGCACCAGCGCGCCGGCGGCGAUGGGGCCUGGGCAGACGGUGACUGCAAUGCAGGGCGGCAUGCCGGGCCAGGUGGUCACGCAGGCGGGUGCCGUGACCGCCAUGCCGGUCGGCCAGGGCGGACAGGUGGUGUAUGGUGGUGGUGCCACCUUUGACGCCAGCUCGCUGAGCCAGCUCACGUCCUCCAUCAACGCGUACAACGCCCAGCAUCAGCAGCAACAACAGCAGCAGCAGCAGCAGCACGCGCCCGCAACUGCAGCCGCGGGAGGCACGAUCGGCAAUGCGGGGGCGGUGUCGACCGCGCCCACGACUGCUUACGGUAUGUACGGCCAGACAGCGGUCCAGCAACAGCAACAGCAGCAACCCCAGCAGCAGCAGCAGCAGCAGCAGCCGCACUCCCAGCAGUCUCAGCAGCAGGCGCAAAGCCAGCAGCAACAGGGGCAGCAACAGCAGCAGCCGCAGGGGCAAGGCCAGGCGCAGCAAAUGCAGCACUCCAACCAGUCGAGCCAACAGCAGCAACAGCCCCAACAACAGCAACAGCAGCAGCAGCCUCAACAGCAGCAGUCCCAACAACAGCAGCCCCAACAGCAGCAGCAGACCGGCAUGUCUGCCGCGCAGGGCCAAGUGCAGGCUACAGCCGCGAACGCUAACACGGGCACGGCCAUGGUGGCAGCGGUGCAGCAGCAGGUGGCAGCGGCGCAGCAGCAGCAAGCGGCGGCGGCGCAGGCGGCGUACGGUGCGUAUGGGCAGAUGGCUUCGACCAUGUACGGGCAGGGCAUGGUGGGUGCUGCGCAGGGUGGGUACGGGAUGACGCCGGAGCAGGUACAGGCGUACCUGCGCACCCAGUACACAGCCGCAGCCGCGGCGCAGCAGCAGCAGCAAGCCUACAACCCCUACGCCGCUGCAUACCCGCACUAUGCGCAAAUGUACGCGGCACAGCAGCAGUCGGCGGCACAGGUCAAGCCCGAGGUUAAGACAGAAGCGCCGGCGGGUGCGGUCUACCCUUACCAGUACACCGCGCCCUCUUAACCCCACCCCUAACAACUCCAGCGCCCUCCGAUGGUGCGCUGCCGUCUAAGGGUUGAACGCACGCAGCGACGUCGGAACGGGAACCUGAACGGCAGGAGAUGUGCCCGCCCUGCAGCUGCUAAGCAAGUGUUGGCAAACACGGGCAUCUGAGGUUUACAAGCACUCUCGACACAACGUGAACGCAACUCGCGCGGACGCAGCCAACGGAGGAAAGGGCCGCGGCCCGUUUCAGGAGUUGCAGCGGCGGUGAAGUCUUAUGCGUGGAUGAGAGGUGAAAAGAAGCGAAGUGUUAUGCGCAAUCGGGGUAACCGUGGGGAAGCAAGGAGGCUGCCACUUGGUUGAGCGCACACGCCGCGAAAGGUUGAUACAGUUGGUGGAUACACAACACCCGCGUCUUUCUUGGCUAGAUCCAGCAACACGGAGGAAGGACGAGAACGCGCUGCAUGGCAGUCUGCCUUCGGGUCCCAACCUGUCGAGCAGGAACCUGGCGGCAUGAUGCUGUCGCAUACGUUGUUUGUGGACGGACUAGCGUGGCGGUUGGCUCUAGACGGGGACGCGGGCACGGACAGCGGCAGGUCGGGACGCGUGAGGAAAUGCAGGAAUGAAGCAAUGCCAGGGGUGUGCGAUGGGACAGGAUUUAGGCAGGUUGGCGAGGUCCCGUAGGGUGCAGCUGACGCCCAUACCCCAGGUAAACGGUAAACACUUGUCAGCGGCAGAGCAGGAGUGCAUGCCAGGGGCAACGCCAGGGGUGAACAACGUGAGGCUAGGUGGAGUGAAGAGAGGUUGCGCAGACAAAAUGAAUCCCCGCUGAAGACACUGAGAAUGAGCAGCAGGAAAACAUGCACAGGUGUAAACGUUACACAAC